AUGAAAACAAUUCUCGUUAUUGAUGCUUCUGCUGUCAUUUCCUCUCUGCUCUCUGAAAUGGACUAUGCCCAGGGAUACAUGCCGCAGAGUGUUGCAGACGAGCUCAGGUGCCAAAAGAGCAAUGAGCUGAUGGACAUGCACAUGUGCAAAGUAGACAUAAGAAACCCCUCUGAAAAGUAUGUAAAGAUAGCAGCAGAAAAGUCUCUAGAGAUGGGACACACGGCCCUAAGCGCGCAGGAUAUAGAGCUAGCAGCGCUGGCGCUAGAAGUGUCUGAAGAAAACAACUCCAUUUUCUCCAGCUGGAUAACUGCAGAUACGCUUGAGGGAGUGCAGGUGGUAGCAGCUACGCUGGAUAACACGCUAAGAGCCCUGAUAAACCUGCUGGGCGUGCAGCUACACGACACAUUCAGCGACAAAGAGAAAAAGUAUCUGCAGAGAUGCUACACAUGCACAAAAGUAUACAAAACAGAAGAAAAGAUAGACUUCUGCAAGUCCUGCGGAUAUUCAACUGUCAACCGCGUGGGAUACACAGAGAAAGACGGAAAGAUCGAGCUGUUCCUCAGCAAGAACUACAAAUACAACGAAAAAACACUCCACCACCACGGGAAAGCGAUAAAAAGCCAGGACCAGAAAGAGUACAGAUGGUACAGAAAGAGCCAGAGAAAAGAGGAGAAAAAAGAAAAAAAGAACUUGGGCGAAUUUUUAAACAUGCAAGAGUGGUCUGGGUAG